AAGCGUAUAUAAACGUCGAAUAGAACACAAUUAAAGGUUAUUAUUCUUUAUCGUGUCGGAAUAUUAAAACGUCUUUAAAAUGAGUUUAAAUUUGUUAAAAUUUUCCAAAAAUUUGAUUAAUUUUAAUUCGAAUUACGAAUGUGUUAAAUCGCGAUUGGUAAAUAUGAAUAUUCGGUUUCAACAUAGGACACCAGUUGGUUUACAUUUGAAACAGAAAUCACGAAGAGAACAAGUUGAUUAUGCUUCCUUCGAUAAUUGUCACGUUAAUCAUGAGACGGGUAACAGCUUAUUUUGGCAACGAAAAAUGCGAACUGUGCAUAAUUUAUUGGAUGUAAAUAAAGACGGCAUCAUAUCUUACGACGAUUUCAAAUUAUUAGCUGACAGAUUUGUACAACUUGGUCAUUUACCCGAGAAACAACAACAUGAAUUUUACGACAUAAUCGAGAAAAUGUGGAAAGAACAGUGGGGUUGUAUCGAUCCUUAUAAUUUGAUUACAACGCAGCAAUAUCUGGAGGAUAUGAAGCAUGUGAUAAAUGAUGAAGAUCGUAGGAAAAAAGUGCAUACUUUAUUCCCAUAUUUAUUUAAGGCUGUUGAUAACAACGGUGACGGUUCCAUAUCAUUCAGCGAGUAUCAGUUAUUUUUCAAAUGUCUCGGGUUGUCGUACAAGGAUGCCAUUGCUUCAUUCGAAUCAAUAGAUACAGAUAAAGACGGCAAAUUAACGAUGGAAGAAUUCAUCAAAUUAGGCAGAGAAUUCUUCAUCACCGAUGACGAGAGUAAACCUAGUAAAUUAUUUUGGGGACCACUGCUGCCCUGACAAUGAUUUCAAUCGUAUUAAUUUUAUUGUUAUUUUUAUUGCAACCAUUCAUCUUUAUAUGGAGUAAUUGAUAAUUAUUGAAAGUGAAACUUGUUUAAUGUUUUUUUGGAGUACCUACCAAUUAAAUAGGUUCGUGAUUUUUUCCAAUAUAAUUAAGUUGACUAUAAGAAUUUUUAAGGUGAAAUAAAGUGUAGCCCUACGUGUCAUAUCGUUAAAUUCUAUCAAUAAAAAUAUCGAGAAUGUGUUAGAAAA